AUGUUUAAAGUGCAUGAUUGUGAGGACGAGCGAGAGCGUAAUAAACGUAAACCGUUCUAUAAAAAAGAGAAACUUGAUAAAGGUUAUUCUUCACUGUUGAUGUCAGCUGACGCUAGCGGAACAUUACCAAUAACAACUGAUUUUCAAAUAUUUAAAGGGAAAAAGAAACAUGGUUUCAAACUGAUCAAAACGAAGAACGAGAAAAAGUCAGUUGAUUACGAAGCGAAAGAAAGACGAUCCAGAUUGCUAGAACAGCUACGACUCAUUGUGGGUUGUCCACUUGAGGAGGCUGUCAAACGUAAUCCAUUAGCUAACAGCAGUGAAUUAGCUGUCCCAAAAUUUUUGAUCGAGUGUAUCGCAAUUAUUGAUCAAGGUCAUUCACAAGAAAAUAUUUAUCGUCAUGAAGCUGUUAAAAUUAAGCAAGCAGCUGAUUUAGAAUAUGCAUUGAAACAACCAUUGACAGCUGAAUUUGCUGCUAGUUUAUUGAAACGUUUUUUUAAAGAACUGCCUGAACCAAUUUUAACACAUGAACAGAUAAAUACAAUAAUUAAAAUUAUUACCGAUAGCGGUAGCGGAAUUACAAAUGCAACUAGCGAUUCCUAUGACACAACAAAAGCAAAUGAAGUCCAUCUUAUUCUACAAAAAAUACCCAAAUGUAAUCGUGAUACAUUGUAUGUAUUAUUCAAUCAUUUACAUCGAAUUAUUACGUCGUAUUCGGCAUCAGUAUUACUUUCAUCUGGUGGUACUAAUACAAAUAUGCAAACGCAAACAGUGAUUAGUUCAUUGGUAACUGUAUUGAAAAUAAAAGAACGAGUUGUCAAAUAUCUAAUUCAGAAUGUCAACGAAGUGUUUGAUAAACAGAAUAUCUCAACUAUCACAACCGUACCAAGAAUACCACUAAUGAAAAAUGUAUCUCGUUCAUCGUUGUUGCCAGACUCCAUUGAAGAGCUUGAAAAUGAAUUGACAAAACAAGAAAACAUAUUAAACAAGAUGCAUGAGGAUAUGCAAAAACAAACAACUUCGUCUACAUUCGGUACGACAACACCCACAAAUGUUGACAAAGAGAAAGAAGAACAACUAUGGGCGCAACAACGGAUGGUAACAGCGAUAAAACGAAAAAUCAAACAAGAAACGAGGCGUUUGCAACAAACAAUAUCAAAUCGACAAUCGUCAGCACUGAGUUUCGAUGCUAUGUCCCCGCUGACAUUCACAUCAAACACUCCUACUCAUCGAAAAUCAUUAGUCAAAGAUGGUCAAAUAUCUCCUUCUCAACAAGUUAUUAUUAUUGUGAAUAAAAAUAAACGAGAUAAUACACCAACAGCAGAACGAGUACGACAGUAUACAAUUGAAACACCCAAAACAGUUGAGUCGAGCAUCAGUCCAAGGACAGUAACUACUAAUGAUAGUAAGUUACAGUUAGGACAAAGAAGAAAAUCAGAUGAUGGUAAAUUGGAAACAGAUGAAAGUGGUAAUGAAGAUGAUAUAUUCAUAAAAACAUUAUUUAAAAACAAGGUGACCAUUAUGGAAAAGAAUGAUGAAGAUUCAAUGCAGUCUGAUUAUUUGAAAGAGAAAAUUUUAGAACAUCGUCUAGUAGCUAAACUAAAGAAACUGUAUGAAGCAUUUAUGCAUGAAAAAAAAACAUUGGAAAAACUGGAACAAAUGCAUCAUCAAUCAUCACAGUUUCUCGCGUCUCCUGAACAACAACUAUCUUCAUUUACCGAUGCUACUCCAGCAUUACCUCCACCACUUCCGCAACGUCCAUCUGAAAUUUCACAAUCAAAGCAAUCGAUACUACCAAGACCAUUAAACAAUGGAACCAUGAAAUUGUCAUUACCAUUACCUCAUAGUUUACCAUCGAGUAAUAAUGAAAUAACAUCACCCACAAAACUGAAAGAUGACACACUGGCUCAAAACUUCUCUUACACAUCGCCAGAUCAAAGAAUUUCAAUUUUACAAGAAUUGUUAAAUACCAUUAAACAAAAUAAUCAAUUAGAAAAUAUUCUUGUUCAAAAGCGAUAUAUUACAGUAAAUGAUGCUAAUUUAAAUGCUGGCGAGAAAAAAUUAAUAAAAAUUUUGGAAAAACGAUUUCCAGAAGCAACAAAAAUUUCUGUUAGUGAUGUUUCAGGUGGUUGUGGUGCUAGUUAUGAAAUCAAUAUUAUUUCAUCUAAAUUUAAAAAUAUGAAAACAAUUAAUCAACAUCGACAAGUUUCAGAAGCAUUAGCUGACGAACUACCAUCAAUUCAUUCGGUUCGAAUUUUUACAGCAACAGAUGAGAAUCACAUCGUUUAG